AUACUUCAUGAUGACAUCACUGCGCAGGCGAAGAAUGUUGAGAAGUUGAAGGAAGCUGCCAAGGAGCUUGCAGACACACAGACAGAGCUGAAACCAGAUGUUGACCAGACACUUGGCUUCGUGCUUGACAAAUACGGAGAGUUGGACAGUCAGGUCACGAGUAGAACAACUACUUUACAAGCCGCCUUGGCUCAGUCUCAGACUGUCCAGGAAGGCUUGGACACACUGCUUAGGUGGAUUGAAGACGUUGAAGUUAAAGUUGAGAGAAUUGUUAACACCCCUAUUGUCACAAAGAAGGAGCCACUUGCUGAGCAACUACAAGAAGCAAAGAAUGUGUCGUCAGAUAUUAACAACCAUAAACCAAAUGUGGAUUCCGUUAAUGAAAAUGCAGAAAAACUGAUUUCGGAGACAGAGCCCUCAAAAGCCAGUGUCGUGAAAGCCAAAAUUGAUAAUAUGAACAAGAGAUACAAUAAACUUGACUCUGCUGUCAAAGAACGUGGAGACUAUCUCCAAGAGCUGCAGGACAAAUUGAAUGAAUUCCUCAAGGAGUUAGACGACCUGGAAGAUUGGUUGCUACCCACUCUGGAAACACUAGAAUCUCCUUCUCUGGACAGGAUGGAAUUACUGGAAUUAGGGAGCAAGUUGCUGGAUCUUGGACGUCAAGUUGAUGAACAUAAACCAGCCUAUGACGAAGUCACAAAGCUCGGCUCAGAUCUCAUGAAAGAUCCAAAAGCUCAAGAUAACAAACUUAUCUCGGAUGGAUUGGGCAAUGUGGAGAAGAACUGGCGUGCAGUCGGAGAUCUACUUCACAAACGAAAUCAACAACUUGCUGAUAGACAACGAGCUCACGAAAAAUUCGGCAUUGCGUUUGACAUUGCUAAAGACUGGCUGGACAACAUGGAUGGCAAGCUUGAUGAAUUAGAACCAAUUGCCAAAGACAUUAUCAACUUACAAGUUCAGAUAGAACAACAGAAGCCACUCCAAAGAGAAGUUGCAAGUUUCCAACCCAAGAUCGAGGAUGUUGUGCGUCUUGGUGAUAACGUGGAGGCAUUGACAAAACCAACUGGUGAGGUUGUUGCUGCUGUACCACACAGGAGAUCAUCCCAAGUAGCCCAAAUUCCUAGUGACAAACCAACGAGGAAACCAGGACAUGUCCGGAAGUCAUCAGACCAGAUGAUACCAUCAGAUAUUUUUACUGGCCCAUCGCUUGUUCAAAGAAAAAGUGACGAAGUCAGUGGUCGCUAUGGUGACAUCAGUGAUAAGUUGGCUGAUCGACAAAAAGAGUUGGAAGACACACUGGAGACUGUGAAGGCAAUUACAGACACAGAGGAGAAGCUGAAACCAUUGAUAGACUGGGUAGACAAGGUAGACGAGAAACUGACAUCACAAGAACCAAUUAAAAGAAAUAAAAUAGAACCACUCAAAGAACAGCUUGUUGAUCAGAAGGACAUUCAGGAGGACAUACAGACACAUAAAUCUCCUCUCAGUGAUGUUCUUAAAGAUGCUGAGCAGUUCCUGAGAGACAACAAAGAUAAACUGACACCAGAGCAACAGGCUGAAGUUGAGAAAAUGAAAGAUGAUUUGAAGGAUAAAUAUGAUGAUGUGAGUGCGAAAUCACUCGAAAGAAUGCGACAUCUGCAGCAGACACUCGAUUAUCUGGAAAAAGAUCAGGCAGAGAAGGCUGCAAUGGAACAGAAAUACACAGAACAGAUCACCGCUGUGCAAGAUAUACUAGAUUGGAUUCAGAAAACAGAAGAGAAACUUGGUUCUCAGCAACCAGCAUCUGAAGAUCUUAAACCGUUGAAGGAACAGGAUGUUGAGAAUAAGACGAUUCGCGAUGAUGUACUCGCCCACCAACAGCCCCUUGUGAUAUCAACUCAGAGUGCUCAAGUUUUGUUGGUGACACAUGCAGAUAAACUGUCACCAGACGAGAAAACCAAACUGGACAGUACAAUUAAGGAUGUACAUAAACGCUAUGAUAAAAUCAAUAACCAAUCAGAAUCAAGAGUCAAGCAACUGGACUCGUCGGUGGAUGAGCUGCAGAAAUUUGAACAUGAGUAUGUUACCUUUGAGACAUGGUUGUCUCGAUCUGAGCAGACCUUGCAUGCACUGAUGAAGGAUGUUGGCAAAGAUAACCCCACAGUGCGAAAACAAACCGACCAGAUGAAGACUUUUAAUGAGGAUGUUGCCGAACACAAACCAGAGCUGAAAUUCAUCUCCAUGUCUGGUCUGAAAUUCUUGGAACAUGCGAAGGAAUACAAAGUUUUGCUUGCUGACUUCCGUACUGACGCACUCCCAGCUCAAUUCAACAAAGACUUCCAUGAGACACCAGAGUCAAGCAUUAUCAAAAACAGGCUGGUCAGUUUGAGUGACCGAUAUGACAAACUCAAGGCACAAGGUGUCCAACAUGAACAGAAGAUGAAAGAACUGAAAGAAAAACACAAGAACUACAAGGAUGAGUUAGAUUCCCUAUUGCCGUGGUUACUGGAGGCUGAAGCUGUUGUUGCUGAGCAACUGGAACAACCAGUUGGAGCAGAACCUGAUGUUGUAAAAGAGCAAAUUGAGAAACUGAAGCCUGUGACUGAAGAGACAGUGUCUCAAGCAAAGAACAUUGACAAACUCAAAGAAACCGGGAAAGAUCUUGGCGAAACACAACCAGAGCUUAAACCCCAAACUGAUAAGACUGUUGGUGAUGCUGUUGGCAAGUACAAUAACCUGAAGGAUAAAUUGUCUGAGAGGAACAAUGCUUUGCAGACUGCCCUCACACAGUCCCAGGGUGUACAAGAUGGUUUAGACGGCCUGCUGUCUUGGCUGGAUGAAGUCGAACCCAAAAUUGAGAAAAUCAAUGCCAAGGAUGUGGACGUUGACAAAGAGGUAUUACACGGACAGUUACAAGACGUGAAGGUUGUAAUUACGGACAUCGACAAUCAUAAACCCAGCGUGGACUCGGUUAACACUUCAGCAGACAAACUCAUCAAAGACAGUGAACCAUCAGUCGGUAAAAUCGUGCAGGACAAACUUGAUGAUUUGAAUAAAAGAUACACGAAAGCUGCCGACGCUGCUAAAGAUAAGGGUGGUUAUUUGCAAGAUGUGACUGAUAAACUGAUAGAUUUCUUGGAACAAGUUGAUAAGCUGGAUGAUUGGAUGAUCCCUGUGCUGGAAACGCUAGAUUCACCUGAUAUGGAUCGUAUGGAGCUGGUUGAGAUGGGAGCCACUUUACUGCAAUUUGGCAACCAGAAAGAUGAGAAUGAACCAAUCUUCGAGAAUGUUGAAAAACUCGCCGAGGAACUACUCAAAGAUCCCAAAUCCAAGGACAAGAGUCAAGUGGAGGCUGUGGUUAAGAAUGUCAAAAAGAAUUGGAAGGAUCUUGAGGAUGCUCUGAAGAAACGAAACCAGCAGCUUGGCGAACGUGAAGACGCCCAUGCAGAGUUCAGCAAGUGUGUUAAAGCCACUGGCGAUGAGUUAGAUAAGAUUGAACACAAGAGAUGUGAAGAAACUAGAUGA